GCUUCAAAUUCAUGUUUUGAUUGUGAUUUAUGUGUUGUGUUUGUUCUGGUCGUCAUUGUUGUGGAAUGUCAGCUAAGUUUUAAUGUUUUAAGACAGUGGUGGGUCUGUGUGUGUAUGUUUAGUGUCACCAUGAUUAUGUGUGUUAUGUCCGUUGUUUAUUUUUCGUUGGUACUUCCACGGCGAAUAUGUAGCUACACAGAAGAAAAAACACGUCGUCGGCCCUAACUGUCGUGUGGAGCCCAACCGAAUGGACGCUUAGCAGAGUGAAGAAAUCAAUAGGUUACCAGUGAUUCGUCGGACUGCGCUUGAGAAGUAGAAUACCGUUACAUGGGUAGUGUCGUUGGCAUCGCGGCUGAACUCGGUGGGUAGAACAUAUGCUAGCAGGGCGAGGGACGUAAGACGAAGGUUUAUUCAACUUAAGAUUUAGCUUGCCAGAAAAAGCUAAUUAGCCAACUAGCCAGCCCAUUUCCCUUCUUCCGGGAAUUGAACAAGGACAGACACGCGUUUGGAGAAUGUUUCUACCUAUAAUGGAAGUUGCACCAUUAACGCUAGCUAUCUUCCUCACAUUUUUCUCCAUCGGGUUCACAACAUUACCUGUAAAUCGUUAUGGGACUGUCAACGGAACGGUACAGUUAACCGCUAAAUUAAAAUCUGACUGCGUGUUGAACUAUACGACGAAAUCGACGGAACUUUACUGUAUCAAGGCAACAGUUGUUGAAAAUGGCAAACCAACAGAAAUGUACAAGGAUAAGGUAAAAAUAAGCGGCCAGGUCAUAACUUUACACGAGGCUGACUACAAUCACCGCGGUGUCUACGAAAUGAAGUGUGGGAAAGUCGUGGAAGAAGUGAUGAAGUUGGAAAUGUUCGUCCCCAUGAUUGUAAAUGCAGUAGAGGGAGGGGACGGAGUGUAUACGUUCUACGAAGAUACAAACGGACUGACUGACAUCCAAGUGCAGCUGCAUAAACUACUAGUCAAUGGCUCUCUGGAAAAACUUGGCCAAAUACCGAACACUGCAGGUAACGUUGGCACUGGGUUCCAGGGAAGGGCAUUCCUGACAGAUGAUGGACGCCGUGGACGUUUCUCCUUCACCAUCACCAACAUAAACCACGCUGACCAGGGGAUAUAUUUGAUCAAAGUCACCCAGGCAGCAAUCACGAUACAUAAAAGUUCAUUUCAGGUUGUAACAGAACAGAACACUGGAGUACAUCAUAGGAGCUUUAUUUGUAGUAUAGUUUUAGGUAUAAUCCUAAUCCUGAUCAUCCUCGGUGGCAUUGUUUUAACCGUGUAUCCUAGAAUCCAAGAUGCACCACUCUCUAUUCCAGAGCAGAGUAAUCCAGAUGUUCGUUAUAAACAAGUUCACGACCAGCAUGACACUUCAAUCAAGAAUGAACCACAGGGAGGGGAAAACUCCAGUUCUGUGGAACCUAUCGAUCCGAGUUACAUAUUGAUGCCACACAUCCAAGAAUUCACUUCCUCAACUGCUGGAGAGCCUGACCAGGGGCGUAUCUAGGAGGCACCCGCCCCUGCAAACAUUUCGGGGGUAAUUCUGUCAAUACCCCACAGUGGCCUAUCUCUUGAAAGUCGCUUUGGAUAAAAGCGUCUGCUAAAUGAAUGAAUCGUCUUAAAUCGAGCUGUCUCUCAAAUUGAGCUCUUCCGGUCUGUAAGGGGGCCUCUCUAGAAAUGACUGUCAUUUCAAAUUUCUUCAAAAUGUUGUAGUAGUUUAAAAUGUAGUUUAUAUAUUUAUAUUAAUACAUAUUUAAGUGGCACCUGUGCCUAUUCUCAAUCAUUACAACUGUUUCUUUACUAUUGGUGUCUUUGAGAACGGUUUAUAUUAGCUUAUCACUGGCAAUUUAAUGAGUACAAUCACAAAAGUACACAACAGUGACUUCAGAAAACCCAUGCCUACUUUGGCUAUCUGGGUCAUAUAAACAACCUCCAUUUUGAUGGUCUGAGCAACUCAAGAUAAGAUGGAGGACAAGCGUCAGGACAAAACAGGUUUUGAGUCAUGAGACACAAACACACAGGUGCAA